AUGCCCACCCUGAAUUCGGGCUCGCCCCGACUGGAGCCGACCAGCGGCGGGCGCCGCCGCAGCCGGAGCCGCAGCCGCUCGCGCAGCCGUAGCAGGGGCCGCGACGGCGGCUCGGCCCGCGCGCGGCUCGAGCGCGGCGGCGGCGGGGACGAGGGGCGGGGCAAGAGCAGGGGCGGCAGCAGGGAGCGGGGCCGCGACGGCGGCCGCGAGCGUGAGCGCGAGCGUGACCGCCCGCGGAGCCGCAGCCGCAGCAGAGGGAGGGACGGCGGGGACAGGGGACGCGACAAGCUCAAGCGCAGCCGCAGCCGCAGCAGGGGGCGGGACGGCGGCGACAAGGGGCGCGAUCGGAGCAAGCGCAGCCGCAGCCGCAGCCGCAGCAGGGGGCGCGACGGCGGCGGCGCCGGCGCCGGCGACAGCAAGCGCCGGCGCGAGAGCGGCGCCGACGCUGGCGCGGCGCGCGUCAACGGCGCGGCGGGGCCGGCGCUGGCGGCAGAUGAGGGCGAGGAGGAGGGCGGCCGCGGCGGCGGGGAGGCGCGGGGGCGGGAGGGGGAUGGGAAGGAGGAUCGCAGCAGCAGGCGGCAUAAGGAGGACAGGAAAGACAAGCACAAGCACAAGUCGAAGCACAAGCAUAAGGACAAAGACAGGGAGAGGGAGCGGGAGAAGGACAGGGGCCCGCGCGAGGAGCGCGGCGGCGGCGCGGCGGAUGGAGGGGCCGGCGAGGGCGGCGCGGCAGAGGCGGGCGCGGCGGAGGCGGGCGCGGCAGCGACGAACGGCGGGGGCGGGAAGGGCGGCGGCAGCGGCGGGGCGGACAUGUCGGACGGGUGA